UGUUGAGGUUGGAGAUGGAGGAGAUGUGGUUUUAUAGUUGGUGGUCUGGACUGAGAGUUCAAAGGGAGCUUAGAGUGCAACGGUUUCUUGAAAUGCUCGCUGCAAAGAGAGGACUAAGACUUUCAGGACUUCGGAUUUCUAUACAAGAUUGGUAGAAUGAGAAGCUUUGCACUGACCCUUGUUAUGUGCUUUCUUCUUGCUAAUUUCAUCAUAAGCCACGGCAAAGACCCCAGAGCUCAUCCCAAUUUAAGCCCAUUUCAGCAGUGGGAAAGUGCUUAUGAUUGCCUUCAAAAUAACUCAGCUAGAUGUUCAGAUAAAUACCAGUUAACACAAGCUGGGUGGGUGAAUGUAACAUUGGCCGACACAGAGGAUUAUUGCAAGGGUGGAUGUGCAAAUGACACAGCCUAUGUUCUCCAAUGCCUUGAUGAUGUGAUGAGGGGGGAUUUCAAGUUUGAGAACAAGGAAACAGUUAAGGACAUCAACUACACAAUAACUCAAGGGUGCUCCUCAGGAUUCACAGGAAAAGCACUGGACUAUACAAGCAGCGGUAGAAUGAUUCAAGUGAGCAUGACAUCAACAUGUGCUCUAGCUUUCCUAGCUUGGCUUUCCAUCUCCUACAUUAUCAUGUAAUCAUGCAGUAUCACAUCCAUAUCAUGCUAUGCUUAUACAAGUAUUUCCACUGUAUUCCACAAUAACUAUAUAAAUGCUCAUGGCUAUGCUUAUAUGUU